AUGUAUUUAUCAGACGAAGUCAUUUAUGUGUGUUUACUUCUUAUAUCAAUACCAAUUGGCUUCCUGUUCAAAGAUUCUCGUCAUACAAAUUUUAAGGCAUGGUCAUCAACAUUAAUCGGUUUUCUUUUUGCUUUAAUUGUUUGUCGAUGGGAUAUUUUCCAUUCAUUAAUAACAACAGCUGUAACAUGUCUUAUAUUAGCUAGCGUAACCGCAAGAUAUGUUCAUAUAGCAACAUUUAUAUGGUGUUUUUCAUAUCUAUUAUUUUUUCGUACAAUGGAUUUUUUCUCAAUGCGAUUACCGGUAUCACAUAGUAAUGCUAUACAAUUAAUGUUAACACUUAAACUUGUCGGUAUUGCUUUUGAACGGCAUGAUUCAUAUAUACGUCUGAAAACUAUUCGAAAACAAACACAUGCUGACGAAAGUGAAAAAUUACAAUUACAAGAUAAAUAUUUAUCUGUUAAAGUAUCGACUAUAAGCGUUUUUCAAUAUGCUUAUUGUUAUAUUGGUCUACUCACUGGUCCCUAUUAUCGUUAUCGAACCUAUCAUGAUUGGCUUGAAAUGAAACAUGGCGUACAUAUUAAUGGUUUAGCAUUUAUGAGAAAACGUGUUAUAUUUGGUUCAAUUUAUAUAUUGACUUAUUUACUUUUAUCAACAAUUGUUUCAUUUAAUGAUGCACUUGAUGAUAAAUUUUAUGAUAAUCCAUUAUGGUAUCGAUUACUUUAUAUGCCGUUAAUCUUUACAUUGUUUCGUUUUCGAUUUUAUUCAGCAUGGUUAUUAGCUGAAUGUAUGUGUAUGUCAGCAGGUUUUGGUGCAUAUCCAUUAGCUAGUAAACCUAAACCAGGUCAAGGUCCAACAGAUCUUGUUGCUUUAAAACAAGCUUAUGAACAAGCACCAAAUACAAUAGCUUAUGAUUUUGAAACAAUUCAUAAUAUCGAUGAAUGGAAAUGUGAAUCAGCAUUGACAGUCAAAGAAGUACUUCGAUAUUGGAAUAUGAGUGUUCAAUAUUGGAUGGCAACAUGUGUUUAUAAACGAAUUAAAUGGCGUCAAAUUGCUCAUCCAGCUACGAUGUUUGUUUCUGCUUAUUGGCAUGGUAUUCAUUUGGGUUAUUACAUGGGAAUGGUAACUACAACACCAUGUAUUCUUGCUGAAAAUGUUAUGGAAGCUGGUGUACGUCGUCGUAUUCCACCAAAUAGCCCAUUUAUUCGUGUAUAUGAUUUCUGUUCAUGGCUAUUUCGUACACGAAUGUUUGAUUAUAUGUCAAUUGGUUUUAUUCUUAAAUAUUUCAAAUAUACAUGGAAAUAUUGGUCAAGUGUAUAUUUUAUUGGUCAUAUUAUUACGUUUGCAUUAUAUCUAAUUGGUAUAAUUGCAGUACAAUUACGACCAAAAGGAAAGAGAAAAGAGAUUGUUAAUAAAGAUUUAGGUUUGGGUACACAACCAAAAGCAUCCGAAGAACAGCAUCAACGAUUAGAAAAAGAACAACACGAACAUAAAAAAGAACUUUAG